AUGGCGCCUAAGAAGAAGGGAAAUAAGAGACAGGAGGCGGACUGGGAAGCGGAACUCGGAGAAUCUGCCGCCGCUCCCGCGACCGCCGCUCCUGCUGAAGCAAAUGAUGAUGUCGAGGCCAACGGUGAUGACGACCAGAUGGGAGGAGGAGGUCUUUUGGCCGCUUUGAAGAAGAACCGAUCAAAGAAAGCCAAGAAGGGCAAGGCACUUGACAACGACUUUGUGGAAGGAGAGGAUCCUACACAGGAGGGUACCAAUGGUGACGCAGCUGUGGACUUUGCCAGUAAAGCACCAGAAGAGGGUACGUUUGAUGAUGAGGAUGAUGUCUUCGCCGGAAAGCCCAAGAAGGGCAAAGCUGCGCCAGCUCCUCAGAAGGCCGAUCCUGUCGAAGAAGCGGAGGAAGGUGGCAAAGUGAAGUCCAAGAAGGAGAAGGAAAAGGAGAAGAAAGAGCGUGAGAAGCAGAGAAAGAAGGAACAGGCUGCAAAGAAGAAGGCUUCUGGGCCAGCCCAGGCUAUGGAAGAACCAGUCAAGGCUGCCGUCGAAGUCAAGGCCGAACCCACUCCUGCUCCAGCUGCCAAAACAGAGCCUGCAGGCAAAAAGAAGAAGCUCCCCGCACACUUGGCUGCGAUUCAAAAACAACAGGAAGCAUUAAGGAAGGCACAGGAGGAAGAAGAGCGCAUGAGAGCCGAGGCGGAAGCUGCAGAAGCCGAACGUCUACGCAAGAUUGAAGAAGAAGAGAAGAAAAAGGAAGAAGCCCGUCAACGCAAGAAGGAGAAGGAGAAGGAAAAGAAGGAGCAGCUCAGGAAAGAAGGCAAGCUCCUUACCAAGUCCCAAAAGGAGGCCAAGGAACGCAAUGAGCUGCGUAUGCGGCAGAUGUUGGCUGCCGGUGUAGGCCAUGUUGCUGGUCUUGCAGAGAAGGGCGGCGAACCUUCUGAAAAGAAGAAGACGGUUGUUACGAACCGCAAGAAGAAGGGACCGAAGAAGGACGAGGUGGAUCUAGAGGCUGCUGCCGCCGCUGCUAGAGCACAACGUGAAGCCGAGGAUGAAAAGCGCAGAAAAGAGGAAGAAGCCUUGGCUAAGGCCCAAGCCCAAGAAGCAGGAGAAGGAGAGGUAGAGGAUGACUGGGAGGUAGCCGCUAAAGUAGAGGUUGCUGAAGAUGACGUGAAAGACAGCUGGGAUGCAGACUCGGAUGAGGAGCAAGAAGAGGAUACUGCCAAAAAAACAAAUGGAACUGCAAAGGAUGAAGAGUCGGAGUCGGAGUCGGAGACUUCCUCCGACGAAGAAGACGAAGAGGCUACCGCCACUCAGAAAGCUAUCGCCCAGAGGAAAGCGGAGGCUGCAGAGCGACGCAAGAAACAACACGAAGAAGCUCUCGCUGCUCGAUCAAAGGACAAUCUACGUUCUCCUAUUUGCUGUAUUUUGGGUCACGUCGAUACUGGAAAGACCAAGCUUUUGGAUAAGAUUCGUCAGACUAAUGUCCAGGAGGGCGAAGCGGGUGGUAUCACUCAGCAAAUUGGUGCUACUUACUUCCCUGUCGAUGCCUUGAAACAAAAGACUGCCGUCGUGAACCAGGAUGGCUCAUUUGAAUUCAAGAUUCCUGGUCUUCUUAUUAUCGAUACGCCUGGUCACGAGUCUUUCUCUAACCUUCGUUCACGAGGUUCAUCCCUCUGUAACAUUGCUAUCUUGGUCGUCGAUAUUAUGCACGGUCUCGAACCCCAAACCUUGGAGUCUAUGCGUCUCCUCCGAGACCGCAAAACACCUUUCAUUGUCGCAUUGAACAAGAUCGAUCGUCUUUACGGAUGGAAGAAGAUUGAUAACAACGGCUUUCAGGAAAGUUUGGCCAUGCAGAGCAAAGGUGUCAUCAACGAAUUCAGAUCUCGUGUCGAGGCGACCAAACUUGCCUUUGCCGAACAGGGAUUCAACUCGGAGCUUUACUGGGAGAAUAAGUCGAUGGCUCGUAACGUCUCUCUUGUGCCCACUUCUGCGCACACCGGUGAGGGUAUUCCUGACAUGCUUAAGCUGUUGACUACCCUUACUCAAGAGCGUAUGACCAACUCCCUUAUGUACCUCUCUGAGGUCGAAUGUACAGUUCUUGAAGUCAAGGUCAUUGAGGGUCUGGGUACAACCAUCGAUGUUGUUUUGUCGAACGGUAUCCUCCGAGAGGGUGAUCGAAUAGUGUUAUGUGGUCUAAAUGGACCUAUAUCAACGAAUAUUCGAGCAUUGUUAACACCGGCACCGCUCAAGGAACUUCGACUGAAGUCUCAAUAUGUCCACAACAAGGAAGUCAAGGCAGCUCUCGGUGUCAAGAUCGCUGCUAAUGACUUGGAACAUGCCAUUGCCGGUUCCAGGUUAAUGGUCGUUGGUCCCGAUGAUGACGAAGAGGACUUGGAAGAAGAGGUCAUGUCUGAUCUUGAGAACUUGCUCAGCAAGGUUUCUAAGGAUCAGCGUGGUGUUUCCGUGCAGGCUUCCACUCUUGGUUCUCUUGAAGCUUUGCUUGAGUUCCUUAGAGUUUCCAAGAUUCCUGUCUCCAACAUUUCCAUCGGACCUGUGUUCAAACGUGAUGUCAUGCUGGCAGGCACGAUGUUAGAAAAGGGUCUGAAAGAGUAUGCAGUCAUGCUCUGUUUCGAUGUCAAGGUCGAUAAAGAAGCCCAAGCUUACGCAGACGACGUGGGCGUCAAGAUCUUCACAGCAGAUAUUAUCUACCAUCUGUUCGAUGACUUUACCAAGCACAUGGCAGAAUUGACCGAGCAAAGGAAAGAAGAAUCCAAGAUGCACGCUGUCUUCCCUUGUGUGCUCAAGACCGUUGCCGUAUUUAACAAGAAAGACCCCAUUGUCGUGGGUGUGGAUGUUGUUGAAGGUAGCUUGAGACUCUUGACGCCUAUCGCUGUCGUCAAGCAGAACGCAGCUGGCCAGAAAGAAAUCAUUCAACUUGGCAGAGUAUCAUCUAUCGAACGUGACCACAAAGCCAUCCAAGUCUGCAAACGCGGCCAACCAUCGGUCGCCGUCAAAAUCGACGGCGCCAACCAACCCUCCUACGGCCGACAACUGGAAGAGAGUGAUACACUCUAUUCUGAGAUUUCACGAAAGAGUAUCGAUACACUCAAGGAAUUCUAUAGGCCUGAUGUCACCAUGGAGGAAUGGGGAUUGAUCAAGAAGAUGAAGCCGCUUUUCGAUAUUCCUUGA